AUGGUAGGAAAACCUAAAAGCAUACCCAUUUAUCCCCAAAGAGAACAACAACUCAACCUAUACGUCUUAGGAAUGAUAUUGGCAUGUUUAUACACCCUUGCAGACAGCAUGGUUGGUUUCCAUCGCCCUGGAGAUCCUUAUUUCCCUAAUCAGGGGAAUAACGAAUGGCUGGAAGAAUCCGAGGAGGAACCUGAAGAGGUCCCCAAGGAGGAGCCUGAAGAGGAACCCGAGGAAGACACCGAGGAGGAAUCCGAAGGGGAACCGGAGGCGGAAGCCGAAGGCAGACCUGUCGAGCCAGUGGAGGACCAGGAGGAGGAGGAAGCCGAAGGAGGUCUCGAGGAAGAACCCAUCGAAGACGAAGAUGGGUUUAUAACCCGUCACUCCCGUAACCCUAACCCUACUUCAACAUCAGCCGCCACCCUUGUUCCUCCACCCCUCCAGUUGCCACUACCUUCACCAUCGAGGUCAAUACCACCGAUGAUGUUGCCGACGUAA